GGUCGGUCGGAGGGAGGGAAAUUGGGCAGAGGGACGAAAUCUUGGCUAUGUUGUCGCCGCCCGCAAUCUUCAAUCCCUACAACACUAAUUGCUGGAAUUACUCAAGCCGCCGAGCAGCCUGUGUGGAGAGACAGACAGACAGACAGGGCUACCAGUCUGCUUCGGUGUAGGAAGGAACUGCAGAUGUUGAUUUACACCGAAGAUAGACACACAAUGCUGGAGUAACUCAGCGGGGAAGGCAGCAUCUCUAGAGAAGGGUUUCGACCCAAAACGUCUCCAGAGUUGCUGCCUGUCCCUCUGAGUUACCCCAACAUUUUUGGGCGUAUUAACAUUUUGCAUCUUUCGGACUGUAUCUUGCAGUAGGUUGCAGGUUGCUAUUGGCAUCGAGAAGAGAAAAGAUUGCACAAUAGUUCUACGAACUGAAUAACUGUCGGCAUGCUGAGGUCUUGUUGGACGGGCAUCUCAAGGUUUUACAUGGUGACCCCUUGUAACGAUUGUGCAAGAAGACUACAACAGUUUCAUUUACCACGAUUUUAUUCCGUAUUCAAUCGAGUUACUCUUCAGAAACUGAACAAUCUUUCAUCUCAACAGUCAGUGAGAAGUGUGAAUGGCCGUAAUCCCUUCACUAGAAAUCAGGAAGAGCAAUGGAGAAAGAGGAAUAAAACUGCACUUACUUACAUAGCAGCUGCAGCGAUUGGAAUGAUUGGCGUGUCAUAUGCUGCUGUACCUCUCUACAGACUUUAUUGCCAGGCGACAGGACUAGGAGGGACUCCAGUAGCUGGUCACAACAUGGAACAAGUGGCCACGAUGGAGCCUGUGAAAGAUCGAGUUAUUAAAAUUACUUUUAAUGCUGAUGUUCAUUCCAGCCUGCAAUGGAACUUUAGACCUCAGCAAACUGAAAUCUUUGUUGUUCCUGGUGAGACUGCUCUAGCAUUUUAUAAAGCAAAGAAUCCCACUGAUAAGCCAAUUAUCGGAAUCUCUACCUACAAUGUAGUGCCGUUUGAUGCAGGGCAGUACUUUAACAAAAUACAGUGUUUCUGUUUUGAGGAGCAACGGCUAAAUCCCCAUGAAGAAGUGGACAUGCCAGUCUUCUUUUACAUUGAUCCGGAGUUUGCUCAAGAUCCGGCAAUGGCACGUGUGGAGACAAUCAUUCUCUCUUACACAUUCUUUGAGGCAAAGGAAGGUCAAAAGCUCCCUUUACCAGGAUAUAAUUAGCACAGUAUUGCUCUAAAUAUUGCAUUCAUUCAGCAAUGUUCCUUUAAAUAACGCGUCCAUUGGUGAGCCGAUGAAGAAUCCUUACUGUUGUGAUUGUUAAAAUUAGAUGAUCAACAAAAGAAUCAAAGAGCAGAGAAUUGUUCUGUAAGCAGAAUGACUACAGAAGUAAAUUUUAAAUGAAUUACGGGGGAAAUAAACUGCUUUCCAAGGACAUAGCAGUCCAUAAAGCAAAUAUCAUGGAAGAAACCUGGGAUCUAGUUUUGCAAUAACAUAGAAACAUAGAAAUUAGGUGCAGGAAUAGGCCAUUCGGCCCUUCGAGCCUGCACCGCCAUUCAAUAUGAUCAUGGCUGAUCAUCUAACUCAGUAUCCCGUAACUGCCUUCUCUCCAUACCCUCUGAUCCCCUUAGCCACAAGGGCCACAUCUAACUCCCUCUUAAAUAUAGCCAAUGAACUGGCCUCAACUACCCUCUAUGGCAGAGAGUUCCAGAGAUUCACCACUCUGUGUGAAAAAAGUUCUUCUCAUCUCGGUUUUAAAGGAUUUCCCCCUUAUCCUUAAGCUGUGACCCCUUGUCCUGGACUUCCCCAACAUCGGGAACAAUCUUCCUGCAUCUAGCCUGUCCAACCCCUUAAGAAUGUUGUAAGUUUCUAUAAGAUCCCCUCUCAAUCUCCUAAAUUCUAGAGAGUAUAAACCAAGUCUAUCCAGUCUUUCUUCAUAAGACAGUCCUGACAUCCCAGGAAUCAGUCUGGUGAACCUUCUCUGCACUCCCUCUAACAUAUAAUUAUUAACAUUUCACCUAGUGACUUGGUUUAUAUUGUGUCAAGAUGAUCAAGAUAAUUUAUUUAAGAAAGAACUGCAGAUGCUGGAAAAUCGAAGGUAGACAUAAAUGCUGGAGAAGCUCAGUGGGUGAGGCAGCAUCUGUGGAGCGAAGGAAAUGGCAACGUUUCUACCCAAAAUAAUAAGUGAUUGAGAUCUGCACAAUAACAACACUUAAAAAAACAUUUGGACAAGUAUGUAGGCAGGGAAGGUUUAGUGGAAUAUGGGAAAAAUGCGGUGCCUGAAACCAGCUCGGGUGAGGCAUCUUGACGAGUUGGGUUGAAAGGCCUGUCUCUGUGCUCUAUGCCAAUGAUUCGAUGAAAGGUUUACUAUUGAAUGCCAUAAGGGCACAAUGUGCUGGAGUAAUUCAGCAGGUCAGGCAGCAUCUCUGGAGAACAUGGGUAGGUGGGUGAAAGUUUGGGUUGGGAUUCUUCAGACUCAUCCUUAGUGGUGGUCAGGUAAGUAAUGAGACGUUGAUUGAAUCCAUGUUCUCCAGAGAUGUUCUGCCUGACCCACUGAGUUACUCCAGUCCUUUUUUUGUAAACCAGCAUCUGCACUUCCUGUUUCUAAACAACUAUGUAGGAAGGAACUGCAGAUGCUGGUUUAAACCGAACAGAACUAAUGUUUCAGAUUGAAGAACCAUUUCUGCUUCAGUUUAAGAUUCCCAACAACUGCAGCUAUUUAUUUUCCAACAAAUAUAAAAUAUGUUUGCGUAACAUAUGUAGCAUAGAGCUAUGUUUCAGGAAGAAUAAAGAAAAAAAGGUUCCUGUACCAAAAGAAGGAAUGCACGGAAAGGAUGACUAAUAAGACAUCUUAAACAGAGAUGCCCAUGUUCAGUGAGAUCAAGCCUUGACAAAAGCAAUAAUUAAAACUUUAUAAAUACUUACCAGCUGUCUGAGGUGGGUUGUGCUGAUAAUUACUGCAAGUGAAAGAGAAAUGAAUCAGUACAGGGUCAGAAUUAGUCUUGUAGAUGUGUUUGUGCUGAAUUAUAAAGAUAAAACCUCCAGUUACCAAACUCCAGAAAUGCUGCUUGACCCGCUGAAUUACUCCAGCACUUCGUCUUUUUUUUUUGUAAACCAGCAUCUGCAGUUCUUUGUUUCCACUAUUAAAUGCUGUUUUCUUUAUCACAGUGAAUUGCAUCACUUUUCUAUUUUGUCACCUCCAUUGCCCACUUGAGGGGACGGCCUUGAUCUCAUAUCCAAAGAAUAGCAAAAUAAUCUUCUGGGAUAGCUUUUCUCUCACCUUAUUGAAUGUUCCUAGAAAUCUGACUUGGGUCUUGUCUUGAAUUCUGUUGCCUCCAAUCUCUUAACUGCAUAAUGCAGAUUCAGGUUCAACAUGACAUUCCCCCUCCCACACCAAUGUAUCUGCUGUUCUUUCUAAAAGGGCAAGCAAGAAAGAGUGUUACAGAAACAGGGUCUCCAAAAGUGUAGCAAUCUCAGUAUUUCAAUGGAGUAACAUUGGUCUGCAAAAUUCUGGAAUGGAUCCACAAGUGAUUGACUCCGAUGGGAAUGCUACCAAUUGAGGCGCAACUGACCAUCACGUGACACGUCUCAAAUUACCCAUAUCAUACAUCUCAGAGUAAUUUCUGAAAAUAAAUUGUCCAUUUUCAUGAGAAUUCAUCAAACUUCUACCUCAUCCUACAUCAUGGAAGACGUAUUGACACACGAGAGGUGGUGACUGAGAUGUUUCUGAGAGCUUGACUGAUGUGAAUUAUUUGCUUGAUGUCAAUAAAUGCAUUUCAGUAAACAUAGUUUGAUCGUGUAUUGAGAUUCUAAUGGACAGUCCUGGCUCGCCUUGGGUGAAAUUCCACUGUAAAUUACAUUGUGUAAUUAAUUCAAAAGCAUAAAGGUUUAUUGCCAAGCUUGAGAGCUUAGUGGAGUUCAGGAAAUUCUCACCAGCUUUUUGGGAACCUCAUUGUAUAUAAAUAUGAACAUGCUUGAAAAUAUGGUACAACUGCCUGUUUAUAAUCCUGUUAAACCAAUCUGAAAGUCAUUUUUUUUUAGGGAAUCAACCUGUCAAAUGUGAUAUUAGGGGGAAAAUAUUUUGGGUUUAGGAUUAAUAUGAUGCAAAAUCUGCAGUUUUAUUGUUGAUAGCUGUAUUUUAUACAAUUCAAUUAAAGACUUUGUGAUUCAACCAA